AUGGAGAAUCCAACAUCUUCUACUCUUCGUGAGAAGACAGAAGAGUUGGUCAGAAGGAGUAUAUCAAAGGUAGUGCAAUCGGUACUAUCAGCACGUGUAGAUAUACUGCCUCAACAGAAGAAGAUAAACAAACAUUUUCACAUUGAGACUGAGGACUCAGAUUCAGUUCAAAAGGUUAUAGAGUCGAUCAUCUUUGCCAGGCAUGGUAUACGUACCUUGUUCCUGUUGGAUAUACACUUUGACGAAGGUGGCGAGAUGCUAGGAUUGAAUACUCUAGUCGAGUCAUGGAGAUUCAUCUUUGAACCAUAUAAGGAUGUGGAUACAACAUGCGAAUUACCAAAGCUAUAUAGAAACGUUAUAUUAUUAGUUAGAGCAUUGUACUCUUUAUUGAGGAACCUACCAUGUUAUCAAGUCUAUCGCAACUUUACAAAGAAUCGAUCGUCCACAUCAAAGAUCAAGUAUCAGAUUAGGAUAUGCGAUGUCAACUCUAUACACUCACCUUCAUUCGCAUUAUCCACUCAAACUAAAUCAUUUGUCUUUACACAUAUACCUACACCAUUGGGAGUGUGGCGAAUGGAUGUAGCAUACAAGGAGGAUCUGACGCGCGAGAUAUCCAUCAGCUCACAGCUGGGACUGGACUCACAGUUUAUUAUAAAGGACUACAACAACAACAACUAUUACAGACACGAGUCAGCGACGACACCACAGCAAUCCACACCACUAAAGUCCACGCCACCCAGCGGACAUUACUCUAGCAGCUAUGGCAGCAGUACUCCCAUCCCCAUGCCAGCCACCGCAUCGCUGCCUAUCAAGCAGACCUCGCAGCAGCAACAGUAUCAGCCCCAGCCCGCACCAUACUACAGCAGUAGCAGUGGCAAGGGCGACACGUUCAGACCGUCCUCAUUUGGCUCCAAUGACUCAUACGACUACUACACUCACUCUGGUGGCAGUGGCAUUGGCAGCUACAGCAGUGGCGGUGGAAUGAUGUACCAACAACAGCAACAGCAACAACAACAAAUACUCCAACAGCAGCAACAACAACUACUACAACAGCAACAACAACAACAACAGGACGUCAAGAGUAGCAAUCCAAUCAUUAUACCAAACUCUGCGAACAAUGUACAUAGUUAUAAGAAGCAAUCACCAAGUUCAUUGGCUUCUCCCAUCAAUGCGACACCAGGCACAUCACACUCGCCUCCCUUCUAUCAACAGCAACUACAACAACAUCAACUACAACAACAACAGCAACAACAACAGCAACUACAACAGCAGCAACAACAACAACAACCUUUGGUCAUUAGACAACUCAACUUUACACCUCAACCAUCACCAGCAGCACAACAUCAGGUGUCACCCACAUCGGCACUCAGACACAGAUCGACCUCUGCCCCCAUCGCCAUUGCCCCUCAACCUCAGAUGUACCAGCAGGCACCUCAGCCAAUAUUCGCCAAGCAGCCAAGCAUCAACGACCUCCAACAAUACCAAGCCACACCACAUUCAUUCACAACUGGCGUAUCGCCUCCAUUUAACAACAGCAGGGAGACGCAUCUUAGCCAACAGAAGCCGCCCAGUGGCAACAACUCAAACAUCUCGACCAGCAGCGGCAUCAACAACACUCACUCAUCCUCCUCGUUCAAGAGCUCGAUCAACUCCAAGCUCAGCCAGAUACAUGGCCCUCUACUCCUGUCAGACCCGCACAAAGAACAUGGACUAGGUCAUGGACUGGGCCUGGGUGGACUUGGCCUGGGCCUAGGACUAGGACUCGACUCACAGAUACCAUCGACCAUUGAACAUGACGAGCCGGCCUUUGCCUCGGCCAUCAGCUCCGUGUCCAAGACGUCAGACAGCGAAGUGGGCGAGUUUGUUCGACUGUGCAAGAUUGCGCCGCCACUCAAGCUGUUCAACGCGGCGUUCUCUUCCGAGGCCCCGCUGUCCAUUGAUCAAGAUGUUCUAGACUUGAGUCGUCUCAGUCUACAGACAGCCAGUGGCAACAACAACAAUAAUGCCAACAAAUAA